GGGGCCUCCCAUUGCGGACAGUCUGCUGGAGCCCGCCCUGCUGUCCGCCUUACAACCUCUGCGGCUGUAGGGAGGAGGGGCUGGAAGCCGGCUGCAGUGCGGAGACCCGAAGCUCAGGAGCUGCCGCCGCUGCCGUCGCUGCUGCUGCUGCUGCUGUCGUCGCUACUGCUCCUCUGGUUGCUGCUGCCGCCGCUGAGCUCACCCUCUCGCUGCAUCGCAUCCAGGUUUGAAGAUGGCUUCUUCUUCCUCCUAUAACCUAGAAGAAGAUGAGAGUCUGAAAGGAUGUGAACUCUAUGUCCAGAAGCAUAACAUUCAACAGCUUCUGAAAGAGUGCAUUGUAAACCUUUGCAUCUCCAAACCUGACCGUCCCAUGAAAUUUCUUCGGGAGCAUUUUGAAAAAUUAGAAAAGGAGGAAUGCAAGCAAAUCUUGGCCCGUCAGAAGUUGAGUUCCCAAUCUGACUCCCAUGAUGAUGAGAUUUCUCCUCCUCCUCCAAAUCCUGUCGUGAAGGCACGUUGCAGACGAGGUGGCGUGAGUGCUGAAGUGUACACUGAAGAAGAUGCUGUCUCCUACGUGAGAAAGGUGAUUCCAAAAGACUACAAAACAAUGACUGCCUUGGCAAAAGCCAUCUCUAAGAAUGUGCUCUUCGCUCACCUUGAUGACAAUGAGAGGAGUGACAUAUUCGAUGCCAUGUUUCCUGUCACUCAUAUUGCUGGAGAAACCGUUAUUCUGCAAGGAGAUGAAGGUGACAAUUUCUAUGUCAUUGAUCAAGGAGAAGUUGAUGUGUACGUGAACAUGGAAUGGGUGACCAACAUUGGAGAGGGAGGCAGUUUUGGAGAACUUGCGCUGAUCUAUGGCACACCAAGGGCUGCCACUGUCAAAGCCAAGACCGACCUCAAACUUUGGGGCAUUGAUCGGGAUAGCUACAGGCGCAUUUUGAUGGGCAGCACUCUGAGAAAACGGAAGAUGUAUGAGGAAUUCCUGAGCAAAGUCUCCAUCUUGGAAUCCCUGGAUAAGUGGGAACGCCUGACAGUGGCUGAUGCGUUGGAACCUGCCCAGUUUGAAGACGGAGAAAAAAUUGUGGUUCAGGGACAGCCAGGGGAUGACUUCUUCAUCAUUACCGAGGGCACAGCUUCUGUUCUUCAGCGCAGGUCUGAUAAUGAGGAAUAUGUGGAGGUUGGAAGACUUGGGCCAUCAGAUUACUUUGGAGAGAUAGCACUGUUGCUCAACCGUCCUCGGGCAGCCACUGUGGUGGCCCGUGGCCCACUGAAGUGUGUGAAACUUGAUCGUCCUCGUUUUGAGCGGGUACUUGGUCCCUGCUCUGAAAUCCUGAAGAGGAACAUUCAGAGAUACAAUAGCUUCAUCUCCCUUACCGUUUAAGGGAGUCCUUCCUUCUUCCUAACCCCCUCCAAUAUCUGCCUGCCUUUAAAUGUUAACCUUGUGACUCACAGGUUUGACCUGAGCCAUUUCAUAGCUUUACCAAGUCAUGUGGUUUUUGGUGACUCUUGAUGUUUCUGUCUGAUGCACUGGAGAGAACUGACCAUGUUUUGUGUUAGGGAAGACAACAGAAUUGGAUGAGAUUCACUUUUUGGCACCUUGGAUGAAUUCUAAGAUUUGUGGCUCACAUAUCUGAGAAUAAAAUACUCACCUUGUGUUAUUUUGUUUGUUUUAAGUACACAGUCCCUCCCCCCCCAAAUAGUUUAUACUUUUAUAGAUAUACUUUAUCCCAUUCAGUCCUUACAACAAUCCCAUGAGGUAGGGAAUUCAUAUAUUAUUGUCCCAUUUUACAGACAAAGAAACUGAGGCUCAGUGAGAGUAAAUUAUCUUGUCCAAGAUAGCACACUUAGGAAAUACCAGUCUGGAUUUGAACCAAGGUCUUUCACUGAUAAUCCAUACCUUUUCCACUGUACCAGACUGCCAAAGAAAGAGCAGUCUUUUCUUUUAAUUGAAUUGCUCAAGAAAAGGCUUUUCUCCAACCUGAAAAUGAGAGAUUGUGGAUUUUUUGCAUGGGAGGCAGUGAGAAAGGCAAAAACAUUCCAGAACUCUCCAGUGUCGAACCCUAGGUCAUUCUGUUUGUUAUUUAAACUGGCAGUCUAGUUUUCAACUCUGGUUUGCAAAUGAAGGCUUGAAAGGAUGGGUUGUUGUUCUGUGGACAGUAUUGUGUAGGCACUAGCCUCAGAAUUGGGUGGACCUCCUUAACAUUAAAAGGGGGGAGGGAAAAGCAUGCUAAUAAUAACAGAUGCUUUAGUUUUUUGAUUUUUAACUCUACUAAGAUGUAAUCCUUGACCACCUCAGUGGGUAGAAUCCUUGAGUUAGGUAGGUUGUUUCUUUGGAUGUCAUUGUAAUCUAUGGGUGAGAAGGCUUUGUCCUACUUUCCAGGAAUGUAUCAUCUAAUUUGGACAAACCAUUACAAAUUAAAGAAUAAUACAUGAGAUUUUCCUCUUUCCUUGAUCCCUCCCCUCAGGUCUACUUGGGCUUCAAUCCCAAGAACUCAGCUUCUUAACAGAGCUCAGGGGAUCAUCAGGAAGCUGCAUCCACAACCAUCUAGUCCCAACCUCCAUAAAGCCAAUAAGCAUUUUUUAAGUGCUUAUCAUGUGCCAGGCACUGUGCUAAGCACUAGAGAUACAAAGAAAGGUAAAAAAAAAAUAGUUCCUAUCAUCACGUAAUUCACAUUCUAAAGGAGGAGGCUUUGAGUUACUUUAAUGUUCACCUUAAACCCUCUUUGCUACCUCUUCAUAGCAUGGAGCUGAUCCCUAGGCUCACAAAGCCCAUACCAGCAGAGGUCAAAACUCUGGUAAGUCUUAGCAAGUUGGAAAGUUUAGGUCCCAAAAAGGACCAUCUGGCAUCUCAGAAUCAGCCUGGCUAAGUUCAUAGGGGUUCAUCAUCACCAGAGUGCUGGUAAACAAUGAUGACUUUUAAUUUUAGGGGGCCCUUGGCCAAGAGGCUGUGAUCCAUGUUGCUUAAAGGGAAUACCCAUGGAAUCAUUGGUUUUUGAGGUAUUAUAUCAUUAUAGUAAUGGAGACCUCUAUUGAGUUAGUAAAUGCUGAAAUGGCUGAGGUGAGAGGGGGAGCAGGAAAUGGAAGUGGGGAGGUUCAUGUGUGUGGCUAGAACCAAAAGGGUGGCCCAGGUGUUGCUUGGCCUGAAGAGAUAGAAAUUAGAGACAAAACAGCUCCAAACUGCAGAAGUCUGGUCUCUUUUUAGUUGAUGUAACCUCCCCCCACACACACACCUUUCAUAGGUGACAACAUUACCUUUAGAAUGCUUAAUUGCCCUAAGUAAAAGGUUCAAAUCUUUAAUUAAGUAAUUGGCUUUUCGUAGCCUGACUUGGAAAACCGAAUCUCAGAGAAUCAGAGAAUCCUAGAGUUGCGAAAGAUUUCAGGGCUCACCUAGUCCAACUUCUUUCCUAAUGAAUGAAUCUUCUUUUAGCGUAUAUGAGAACAAUCAAUUUGCCCUCCCACUGGAUUGGGGUCAGUUAAAAUAUUUUACAGUUAGACCAUAUCCAGUUGAUUGGAAAGAUAAGUGCUUCUAAGCCAAAUAAUCAGAAUGUUUAGAAUCUUGACUAAGAUUCAAACAUCUGGAAUCUUUAGCAAAGGAGCAUUCUAGUACCAUUCUUCUGGAAACACCUAAAAUCCAUGAUUAUGGGAAACACAAUUAAACUAAGAAUCUAUGCCCAAAGACACCAUUUGUUGAAAAUGUGUGAUUAGCAUCAUUUGGGGGGACUUUUCACAAAAGAGGCUCCCUCCAUUUAGGAAAUCACAGGGCCCAGCCCCUUUCCUCUAGAAAAACAAACAAACAAACAAAAAGCCCCUCUUCCUUUUGAGAAUGACAAGUAUUUUUUUUAAGGCUUCAGUCACAAAUUUUGAAACUCAAUAAAACUUGUAUAUGCAAAUUUCCUAAUUGAUUUUAUCUAACGUCUUGGUGACAUGAAAAUACAAAUGUAAUAAUUGGAUUAACCUAAUUACAUUCAUGAACGAAUAACUGAGAACUUUAUAUCAACCAAAGGGGGGGGUGGAAGCCACAUAAAAGUUCUAUUUAAAUUAAACAACCACCCCCCUCAAAAUUUUCAAAGGGAAAUUUUGAAUCGACAUUAAAAUAUUUUUCUCUCUAAGCACAAUCUUAAGUCAUCUCAAGGUGUUCAAAUGAUUUCAGCAUGUAUAUGUCUGUGGUCUAAUAAGCUACACUGAUUGAUAAUGAUGUUCACAAUAUUGCAUGCACGAUUAAAUGUGAACAGCUGGAGAUAUUCUCUCUAACUUGCAAUUUGAAGGCAGAAACUUAACGUAGACAAAAACCCUGCAUAGAAAUGUUAUGUAUAGAUUCAUUUGCUUCAUUGUGGUUGUGGUACUCUCACUUUUCAUUCAGGUUUUGGUGGAUGGAUUGCAAUUCAAAAUGGGCAUAAUUCCGAUUAGCAUUCAAACAGCCUAAUCAUUCUCCCUGUGGCAUUUUGAUGACUAUUGGCUGGAAGAUGAUAUUCAUGCAUAUUUGGUGCAGUAAACAUUUGCAGAAUGAAAAUGCCUAAUCCUAAAUGUUCAUCUCUCUACUGAAUGCUAAAAAGCGUUCUUUACCAUAAAUUCCUUCUAAAGAGGCAAAAAACUAAAUGUAAAACUCUUGUUGGGUGGGGAAGAAUUGCAAAAGUGUCGUGUGCAACAGGCCAUUCUUUGGCCUACAGAACAUUCUGUUACUUUUUCAAACCACUUGUGAUGCUUAUUUGAUUGGAUGGUGAGGAAGAGAAGAUAACAGGUAAUGCAAUCGCCAUCGGCUUCUCCCUCGAAGCAAAAAUGGUGGUGCUUGGUUUAAUCAUCUGACCCUUUUGGAAAUAUUUGCUACCAAGCUUGGCUGGUUCUGGCUCUGGCUUCAGAGCUUGGAUUUCUUCUCCAGAAUCUCUUUUCCCUGAAUCAAGUUGAGAGUCUCAUUACUGGGUUAUCCCAGACAUCCCCAGGUCACCUGAAACUAAUCCUGAUGUGAAAUGUUGCAUUUGCUUGUCAGAAGUGUUCAUUGUUGAUUUCUCUUAAAGUGUUUUUCUUUGUUAUAAUAAGGAGGAUUCUAAGGAGGGGGCAGAGAUAUAUACCAGAAAAUAACUGUGAUGUGAAAAAUCAAAGGCAUCAAUAAAAUUAAAAAAAAAACAACAACAAACCAC